GCAGAUGAAGUUGUCAAGAUUCCAAAUGCCUAACCUAAAAAUUAUGCUGAUCUGUUAUGUUUCGUGUCUCUUAUCAUUACAAGAAAAAGUUUUUAGUGAUAAGUUACCAAAUUGAAAAUUUAUGAAUAUAGCAAUGAUAUUGUGUAACUGACCCAUUUCUUAAAUGAGUAGUCACUAUGAAUCAAAACGUAUUAAUCUUGGAUUUGUGGUUACCGCUGGUGAUAAAUUUAUGUUUAUCUAUUCUUGUUUACUGUAUGACAGUGCGGUUGAUACCAAAGUUAACUGAUAAAUUUCUUAAAGCUAAUCUAUUUGGUAUAGAUGUCAACAAACAGUCUCGAAGCAAAGUCCCCGAAGCAUUUGGUGUGGUUGUAGGAUGCAUCUAUUUGUUGGCAUUAUUCUUCUUCAUCCCUGUACCUUUCGGACGAACUUUCAUCAGCGAUGAUAACUUCCCGCAUCAUGAGUUUGUGGAGCUGAUAGCGGCCAUGCUGUCAAUCUGUUGCAUGCUGCUGUUGGGCUUCGCAGAUGACGUUCUCGACCUGGCAUGGCGCUACAAGCUCAUCUUCCCCUCUGUCGCCUCACUCCCCAUCCUCAUGGUCUACUUUGUCAAUUUCAACUCCACCAUCAUUAUAGUGCCCAUACCUGCUCGAGCUUGGCUGGCAACUGCUUCGGUUGAUCUAGGCAUGUUCUACUACCUGUAUAUGCUACUGACGACCGUGUUCUGUACGAAUGCAAUCAACAUCCUGGCGGGCGUGAAUGGCUUGGAGGCGGGGCAAGCCCUGGUCAUCGCCUGCUCAGUCACUGUUUUCAAUUUCAUCGAACUGGCUGGGCCUCUCUACAAGACACAUCAGUUCUCACUCUACCUCAUGCUGCCUUUCAUUGCCGCCACAGCUGCUCUACUAAAACAUAAUUGGUACCCGUCCAAGGUAUUUGUUGGCGAUACAUUCUGCUACUUCGCUGGAAUGACGUUUGCCGCAGUGGGCAUUCUGGGACACUUCAGCAAAACUAUGAUGCUUUUCUUUGUGCCUCAAAUAUUCAAUUUUAUCUACUCAGUGCCGCAACUCUUCCACUUCGUUCCAUGUCCGAGGCAUCGAAUGCCCAGGUUGAACAAAGCUGGUCUGCUGGAAGCGAGUCGUUUCCAAGUUUCAACCGAGAAUAUGCCUUUCCUAAAUCGUUUUAUUCUGAAGGUAUUUUCUGUGUUUGGCCUCAUCGACAGACAGGAUGAAGGCAAAAUGGCUCAAGUCAACAACAUGACACUCAUCAAUUUGAUUCUCAUCUGGUGUGGACCGAUGCGAGAGGAUAAGUUGACUAUGGCGCUUCUCCUUGUUCAGGUUUCAUGCAGUUGUUUAGCAUUCAUGAUCCGCUACCCUUUGGCUUCCUACUUUUAUGACGUGCCAGUUAUGUGAGAAAAAAUCGUGAAUAAUCCUCAUUUGAUAUUCGAAUGUCCUGCAAGGGUAUUCGAAAAUGUACCUAGGUACCUUGAAGACUGCGAACAAAGUUGAAAAGUAAUUUAUUAAUAUUAUUAUACCAAAGUUUCCGAUUGCAGUAA